AUGCACUCUCUUCACAAGCCACACCGCUUGGCAAGGCCACUGCAUGCAGUAGGUUCAGAUCAGCCGGAGGAUGCAGCCGAGUCCACUGCCACGGAGCGGGAGCUCCUCAUAGAACAAAUGGUAAGGAAGAAGGGCCCCAAGAAGCAAGCCGGGUCCAAUGAGACCAGGAGCUCCAGCAGCCAGCCAGCGUCCCCACAGCAGGCCCCUCCAUCUGCACCCGCGUCUGUCAUCGAAUCGGUGCUGCUGAGGCUCCUGGUCGGCAUCUUCACUGUUGCCAUCCUAGAGGGCCUGGCACUGGCAGCAUCUGGCUUCCUGAGCUCAGAGGUGGACUCCACCAUUUCCAAGUAUGUCUACCCAGCCUUCACGCCCACCAUCCUGGCUUUCCUGGGUGUGAGCACGGGCUAUGGCCUCUGGAAGUCCAACGAGAUCAACAAGGCAUGA